AUGAUGUGGCCGUCGUCCGUUCGCACGGAGUUCGACGGCAUCGUCACGACGGCGCCGCAACUCCCUUUGCAAGAGAAUAAAGAAGAAGGAGGAGUACAACCGCACAGCGGUCAGGUGAAGGCCACAUCUUAUGAAGCUGCACAGUUUAGAACCGCAGAUUGUUUGCGGCAAAUACGAGAGUUAGUAACACAACUGGAUGAUAUGCAUACAGGUGCAAACCAUAAAGAAUGUUUUGAAUUAAGUCAACAAAUACGUAGAGUGGAAGGACAGGCCAAAUUGGAAAUGCAAACGGCGAAAAAAUUGGCACUUGUUGAAAGACGACAACAUGAAUUUGAAUUGCUUUCUAGACAUUUUAAGAGUACAAUUAACCUUGUACGUGAUCGCUAUGGUGGGGGUCUACCUGCAGUUAAGUUAGAUGAUAAGAAUGUUCAAAACACUUCAGUCCCUUUUACAGGGUUUAAAAAUAGUCUAGAAGAAAGUACUGUAUUCUCAGAGAGAGGAGACAUUACUUCUUCCCAUCCUUCACAUGGCUACAAUAUACGUGAUGACAAAGAAUUCAUACAGUUUUUUCAAAGUACACAAAAGAAUGAUAUGAUGAUUGAUGAAGCUCUUGAUCGUAUCUAUACUGGUGUUCAACGGCUUAACGAAAAUGCAAUCCAGAUUACAUCUGAACUUCAAGUACAAGAACAAAUGUUAGAGGAAACUGAACAAAAAGUAGAUUAUGUUCAUGGGAAAUUAGGUAAGUUAAACAUCAAGAUAAGGGAGGCGAUAAGGAAAAUGGAUCGCCCCAUGAUGGCUGUUUACGCUGUAUGUUGUUUAAUUCUAAUGGCUAUUAUCACUGUAAUAUAUUUUAUGGUUAAAAGUUGA